UUUAGGAUAUGCAGUUUUUGGAAAUAUAUCGCUUCCUUAUCGAUGAAAUCUCUGAUUCAAGAGUAUCGAAUUGGCCAUUGAUGUCCUCUCCAUUCCCGAUCUUGAUAAUAGUAAUAGGAUAUUUAAUAGUUGUUAUUGUAAUCGGACCAUUAUACAUGAAGAAUAGACAACCUUUCUCUUUACACACAGUUAUGAUUUUUUAUAAUAUUUGCAUUGCAUUUUCUAGUGGUUCAAUAUUUUUGGGGCUACUUACAUCGGGAUUUACGACAAAACUAUCGUGGCGUUGCGAACCUGUUGAUUUUUCCUAUGACCAGGAAUCAAUGAGUAUGGCAAGAUGGGUUUGGUGGCUGAUGAUUCUGAAAAUAUGUGAAUUAGGUGAUACAGUCAUUUUUACAUUACGGAAAAAACAUAAUCAAUCGUCUUGCUUACACAUUUAUCAUCAUGCUACAACUGUGUGCCUUGCGUGGAUAGCUUGUAAAUAUGCUCCUGGUGGUAUGUGGACUUUCAUUAUGAUGCCGAACUGCAUUAUUCAUGUCAUUAUGUACACCUAUUAUCUUCUGGCGAGUUUGGGACCAAAAUUGCAAAAAAAGCUUGCACCCUGGAAGCCUUGGCUAACAAUUUUACAGAUGACACAAUUUUUGAUCAUGGCUAUUCACACCUCACAGGCGUUACUACCAUCUUGUGAGCCAACUCGAAAACCACUUGCUUAUAUUUAUAUGUCACAAGUUAUUAUAAAUUUUUAUUUAUUCCUAAAUUUUUAUAAGAACACUUAUGUAAGAAAAAAAUUGAUGUAA